AUGGGAAGCUACUAUCGAAAUGCGUAUAUCACAUUGUCUAUAUUAAGCGCACACGACUCGUACGUCGGCUUCCUCAAUCCUCGAGAGUCAGCCCCGACAACCAGCCUGGGUCAAAACCUUCAUCUCCGCCGAGCGCGACCAUCAUGGAACCAGGUACUAGAAGAAUCUCCGCUAAGCAAGCGGGCAUGGGUAUUGCAGGAACGGUUACUAUCGAAGAGAAUAGUGCAUUUCGAGAAGAACGAGAUAUUCUGGGAAUGUCUUGAGAGCUCAAGUAGAGAGGGAAGUGUAGAAGAUGAGCCAGAAGUGUGUGAUGAGGGCGGCUGGACUAAAGAGACCUUUAAGCGCUGCCUGAGUUUCUCCAACAAGAACGUCCUAGGCGAGCUUAGCAGACGCACCGUCCAGAACGAACUCUUCAUGGUGCAAUGGUAUCGCAUCUUGUGUCAAUAUUCUGGUCUGAGUCUUACCUACAGAAGCGAUGUCUUCCCCGCAAUCGCUGGGAUUGCGGAGAUAUUCCGCGACAUCACGAGCUUUGCGUAUAAGUCUGGUUUAUGGAUCGAAGACGCUCAUUCCGGGCUUCUUUGGCAUGCUGAAGGAUCAUUGAUGCCCGCGCGGAAGCCUUCGGCCACCUCCAAUGCGCCUUCUUGGUCGUGGGCAUCUCUGGACGGCCCAGUAAGUAUGCUCUUCAGUCUUGGGUCGAGCAACAUGCCUAGCGAUCUUGCGGCACAGAUCCUUGAUUGUCAGCCCGAUCCUCUACGAGCAAGUCUCUGCAGUGCGCACAAUUACGACGACAUUCUAAUGAUGAAUGCUUUGUGUAUCAACGUCACCUGCCGAUCGAGCUCGAACGGAGAUGCGCCAUAUAGCGACCCAUAUCUUCGCAUGGUGAUCGAUAUAUUCGAUGAGCGAGGUAUCUGCAUCGGCACAGGCUACUUAGAUCGAAUCUCAGAAAGCAACAUCAUCCAAUGUAAGGCUAUCGUCGUAUCGCAAAGACUGGAACUUAGUCUUAGCCAUGUUCCCAUAACAUAUUUCCUGCUCGUUAUGGAGUCGAGUUGCGCAGAUGCCUGUCACCAACGGGUCGGUAUCGGACAGACAGCAGAUAGGAUCUAUGGCCACGUGCUCAACACAUUGAAUCUAAAGCCUGAGGGUAAGCAAAGGAUCAUCAUUGUAUAA